GACACUGAAUUCUUUUGUGCGGCGCUCUACAAGAUGCCGGCCUGCUGCCAACAGCUGCUGUUCAGAGGGGAGAAAACAGGUCUGGUUUAAUCCUCACCUGACCGCCGCUGAAUGCAACGCACACAGAAAGGUUUCAUUCUGCAUCCUGGAACACAAGGACAAUGGCAGGUUUAAGGAGUUUUCUGCACUAUCCUCGCUUCUGUUGUUUUGUUUCUGCUGCUUUGCUCUUCAUGGUCUUCAGCCAAGAGUUAAGAAACAGGUUGCAAGAAGUGAGGCACAAGAGAGACUUCAAUAAUUUCUCAGAAAUUCCAGCAGAGAACAUCAUCGAUCCCACUGCCAUCGACCUCACUCCACUGGUCAAUACAUUAAUAAAUUCAAGCCAAUCUGGUUCUCGACACCUCUUCUCUCUGCUCAGUGUGACCUCCUACAGCUCCCUGGACCUCCAUAAACUUACCUUGUUGGUCUACAACAUUUCUGACAUCAAAAGUUUAGAAAGCAGUCUGUUCAGAAGGCGGUUCUGCUAUUGUGUCACUAAUGACACAAAUGACCUAACAGACUUCACAGCAAUUCUUUUGGAUGUGAUGGGAAACUCAACAAGUUACCUGCAUGAGUUGUUUAAGUCUUCCUCCAUUCUGUCAGUCAGUCAAAGGAACAACUCAGAGUGUAUUUAUAUCUGCGUGAUGGCGGGGAAGAUGGGCAGAGACCUGUCUGGGCUGUGGGACGUCGGCUCCAUCACUCCCCUGUUCAACCAGACUAUUGUUGAAGGACCAAACAAAGUGACUAACCUCUCCUCACUUCGACUUCCGGAAGAAUGGCACCAACUGCCCACCAAUCUGAGUCAUGUCUCUCCGUCUGGGAUGAGCUCCAUGCUGAGCAGCCGAGUCUCCUCUACUGCUCAUGCUCUGCCAAACCUGAGCAGAACAUCUUCACCAACAUUAAAGCUCACGGUCACUACCCCUGAACACCCAACAUCCUCAAUGUCUACAGAAAUCACAGAAAGUCUGUCAACGUUCUGGAGACCAGAGACGCCAAACACCCGGAGCAGCCAGAUAUUAACCACUCUACUGAGCAGGACGACACAAGCUGCUCCACAGGCAGUGGUGAUAACAUCAGCUUUAACUGCAUCAUCAACCAGAACCACCAAACAACCAACCACUGCUACAGUAACGUCAAAGUUCACAUCUACACCUCCUGCAGCCACAGCAGUCCUUUCAGCACUGAUGAAUCUGAUUGAAACAAACACGUCUACAAGUGAAAGAUCUCUACAGACAACCUCCAUGAGACCUUCAACCAUCCGACCAACAGAACACCCUACAGCGCCGACAACCAGCGGAGCAACAGCAACCAAUCAUUACAGAGAGACAGAGAGACCAGGCUGUCCCUGGAGGAGGCUGGAGCCCAGCAGCAAAACGAUGACGGUGGGUGAACUCAAGCUGCAGCCCUGCGUCCUCGAGCUCUGCAAGUUCUUCUCCCAGUGCCUCUGCAGACCAUUCAGCCAGAAGACACGGACAAAAAGAUACUGUGAUGACAGCUUCCUCUGGUACGAAGAACACACUUUUGAGGUGUGUCGAAGAGUGAAGAGAGUUUCCUUCUCCAGAAAUCUGAAACAGAGAUGCUUGUCAAAGAUGUGCAGCAAACUGUGACCCAUCAGGAAGCGGCAGGAAACAAAGAGCCGUUCAUUCCCGAAUGUGACAGGAAUCCCAGACAACAGCUUCUGGAACAGCUGGAAGACUCACAGAGGAGAGCGUGUGGCUGGUUUCCAAAAGAAAAAAGGACAUUUUACAUCUUUUACCUGAAUAUUAGUCACCAAUCAGCCACCUGGUUCAUAAAAUACAUGUUUCUUACAACAAAUCUUUAAUGGGUUUUUAAAAAAACAGCUCUUUUUCCUUUAUUUUAUCAAUAAAGAGACUUCAGUGAACACUCCAGUUGGUUAGGUUUCUCUUUUUAAACUAACCUGAAUCAUUUAAUGGUAGGUGUGUAUUGGUCGAAACUUUAAAAAAUCAAUAGAUUGGC